AUGCCACAAUUGCCACAAUGCUGUGCAACGGCCUCAACACAUUGGAGAACUUGGGAAUUGGCGGCGGAUUAAUGAUGAACAUAUAUGACAGAUCGAACCGAAAGGCUUACUUUGUGGACGCCAAAUCGUCGGAGCCUGUUGCCACCGAUCCGAAUAUGGAAUAUAUCAGGGGAGUGCCCGGCGAGGUAAUGGGUUAUCAUAUAGCACAUCAACGUUUCGGCAGACUGCCUUGGAGGGAACUCGUUGAACCCUCCCUAAGGGUCUGUCAGACCGGAUUCAUAAUGAACAAAAAUCAGGAGACUCUUGUGCGUGAGAAGUGGGACAACGCUGACGAGUCAACGCGACUGAAACUUCUCCGUAAUUUUGUAGACCCUGAAAGUGGAAAGCCAUACGAGGCGGGUUCGUUGUUAAUGCCCUCGGAAAAGCUGUGCAACACAUAUCAAUUGCUGGCCGACAAUGGUCCGAUGGACUUUUACAAUGGGACAGUGGCCAAAAUGCUGGCUGAGGAUCUCAAGGAGCUGGGCAGUAUUAUAACCCGCGAUGACUUGGAUGCAUAUUCAGCUGAAAUGCGAUUGUCGAUAACAAUGCCCCUCGGCCAGGACACCCUGUAUGCCGUACCUCCCGUGAGCAGUGGAUCUGUUGUAUCGCAUGUUUUGAGUAUUCUCGAGGGAUUCAAUUUCACUCGUGCUGACUUGGCUGACGAUGAAUCCUAUGCCCUGACCGUUCAUCGCAUUACAGAGGCCUUGAAAUUCGGAUUCGCUCGUCGCCUCGAGCUUCGUGAUCCACGAUCCAAGGAGGUGAUCAAACAGCUUAACACUCCGGAAUAUGCUGCUCAACAGCGUGCCAAAAUCAAUGAUAACCAGGCACUGCUUAUUCAGUAUAAUGGUUAUAUAAUGCACAACACAGAAGAUCCAUAUAGUACAUCGGACACUACAGUAAUCGCACCUAAUGGCGAUGCUGUAGCCGCAACCAGUUCCAUUAAUUCCCGUGGUAGCUUCAAUGUGAUUGGACAGCGUACUGGAAUUAGUUUGAACAUUGCAAGAUCAAGAAUUAAUGAACAGCACCUUAGGUCACAAUCGCCGAUCUUGCUGACCGAUCACGAGGGCAACAUACGACUGGCGGUUGCUGUUGACGGUGAGAGCGACACUGUCGAGGUGAUUGCUCGAAUUCUCUGGUUCAAUGAGGAUGUCAAGACGGCUGUGGAAAUGCCACGUUUCCACAAUUUUCAACUCACUAACUUGUUCAAUUACGAGGACGGGUUAUUGUCAAACUCCGUGCUGUCAUUGCUCUACAAUCGAGGAGUGAGACCGAGGAAAAUAGAUCCCAUAAUGUCCUCGGCUUGUGCCAUUGAACGUAAUGCGACCGCAAUUUAUGCCAGUGCCGUUGAUCGAAAAGGCGGCGGUGUUGCAGGCUUCUAGCUACACACACUCACACACACACACACACACACACAAGCACACACACACUCAAGUUACACUAUGCUACAGCAAACUACUUUGUAGCUGAAGACUUUCGAUGGCAACUAAAUAAAUUAAAUCAAAUACA